AAAGUACACACAUACACAGUACACGCUCGUAUGCACACAUGAUGCACAUGUCGCGCGCGCUGCCUCGCCACGCCACGCCGCGCCGCGCGGCUUAUAAGCCAGACACCGGCGCGCGCGCCCUCGCCACUCGCGAGCUUCUACUGCUGUCUCUGAGAUACUGUCAGUGCACUGUCUGUGCGUUCCCGGCCAUGUCCGCCGCCGCGGUCACCGCCACGCCGCGCCACGCCCGGCCGUCUCCUCUCAACCCGAACGCCAGGGCCGCGGCGGCGGCGGCCGCCGCGGCGCCGCCGAACGCCGUGUCCACCACCAGGACGCACCUCGCCAACCUCGACCGCCUCCUCGUCCGGCCGCCGCCGCUCCCCCUGCCGCUCCAGAACAAGGGGGCGCCGCCGGCCGAUGACCUCGGCGACGGCGGCGGCGCCGCCACCACCGACGACCGGAGCGGCCGCUGCGGGCUGCUCAACGCGCUCAACCUGUCCACGUUCCUGCCCUUCGUCCGCAAGCCGGCCGUCGACGAGAUGUCGCCGCGCAGCCUCGCGCACCUGCAGCGCCUCCUCACGCUGUCGCCGCGGCCCUCGCCGAAAGGCUCCAUCGCCGGCGAGUGGCGGAGGUAUCACAGCGAGGGCGGCUGGGACGGGCUGCUCGACCCGCUCGACCAGAACCUCCGCCGCGAGGUCCUCCGCUACGGCGACUUCGUGCAGGCCGCGUACACGGCGUUCCACUCCAUGCCGUCGUCGUCGUCGGCGGCGGCGUCGCAGCACAGCCAGCACCGGACGCUCGUGCUCCCCGACCGGUCGUACCGGCCGACGCGCAGCCUGUUCGCCACGUCGUCGCUGUCCAUCCCGGCGUGGGCGCGGCGGCGGUCGGCGCCCGGGUGGCUCACGCAGCGCUCCAGCUUCGUCGGCUACGUCGCCGUCUGCGACAACGAGGGCGAGGUCCAGCGCAUGGGCCGCCGGGACAUCGCCAUCGUCCUGCGCGGCACGGCGACGUGCCCCGAGUGGGCGGAGAACCUCCGCGCCGGCCUCGUGCCGGUCGACGACGACGACGACGACGACGUCGGCUCGCCGCAGAACGCGCCGAAGGUGGCGAAGGGGUUCUUGAGCCUGUACAAGACGGCCGGCGACCACGUCCCCAGCCUCUCCGACGCCAUAGUCGACGAGGUGAGGCGCCUCGUCGAGGUCUUCGAGGGGGAGGAGCUGAGCAUCACGGUGGUGGGACACAGCCUCGGCGCGUCGCUCGCCGUCCUCGCCGCCGACGAGCUCAGCGCUUGCCUGUCCGCGGACGUGGCUGAACAUCGCCGGCGGCCACCGCCGAUCGCCGUGGUGUCCUUCGGCGGCCCGAAGACCGGGAACCGCGCGUUCGCCGACCGCCUCCAGAACGGCCGCGGCGUGAACGUGCUCCGCGUGGUGAACGCCGGCGACGUGGUGACGCGGGUGCCGGCGCCGGCGAUGGCGCGGGAGGGGGAGGGGCACGUGCACGCCGGCGCGGAGCUGAGGCUGGACAGCCGCGACUCGCCGUGCCUCCGCCCGGACGCCGGGCCGGCGUGCUGCCACGACCUGGAGGCGUACCUCCACCUGCUCGACGGCUUCGCCGGCUCCGGCCGGCCGUUCCGCGCCGACGCGAGCCGCAGCGUGGCGCGGCUGCUGACCUACCAGCGUCCCAACGUGAGGGGCGCCUACGUCGAGCGCGCCAGGGUGCUCGGCUUCGAGCCGGCGACGCCGCGGACCGCCACCGCCAACGGCGCCGGCGGCGGAGCCGAGGGGCAUUACGGCUACUUGGCUAGCCCAACAUGAUCGUUGCGUACUACUACCACUGUAGCAUGCAUGCAUUGUCGUGUACCACCUUAAUUGUUAUAGGAGUAAAUUGUAUCGAUAGUACAAGAACUUGUUAUGUGGGUGCAAUCUAAUGUAUGGACUUGUAAAAUGCUUGUUUUGAUACGUGAACUUUUCUUGCUCAUAUGAAUUAAAGUCAAAAGGACAUUAUAUAA